GCUUAAAAAUGGAAGAAAGAAGCAAAAAAAAAAAAAAAAAAAAAAACGAAUUUUCGGACAUUUCCGUCAUUUUAGAAAUUCUUAAACAAAAAUGCAUAUUCAUUCUCAUACUCUCAGCCCUUCUGCCAUUUUCCCCAUUUCUCCUUUCUGCAAAACCCUAAUCUCUCAUCUCUGCGUUACUCCCAAGGGUUUCCAUCUCUCUCAGUCUCGACGUCUGUAUGCCUCGAGAUCAAAUGGGAAGUCGAACUGGCGGUUUCGGUGGAGGAAUCGUCGGGAUGUGGUGUUUUCGGCAUUGGAUGAAUGGAGUUUUGGUUCCUUGAAACUGAAUAGCCAGAGAGGAGUGAUUUUCUCAGCUUUUAAUGGAUGGAAUGCUGGAGUUGAUUCAACAGGUUCUGAAUUCACGAGGAAAAGGAAAAUUGUGGAGCACAUUUGUCUUCUGAAAGCAAAGGCAGAUUUAACUGAUGAUGAAGAGAAAGACAUGCUAGAUUAUCUUUAUACAUCCCAGUAUCAAAUGGGUGGAAUUAUUGCAAUUUCAUUAGGCCGUAUCACGGAUAUGAAAGCUGAUGGCUUCACGCAUGCUGUAUAUAUGCGGUUCCAGAGAAAGGAAGAUCUUGCAAAGUUCUAUGACAAUGUUUACUCGAGGCUUCUUAAGGAGCAUGUGAUUCCUUACUGUCAUGAGUGGAUUAAUGUGGAUUAUGAAUCUGAGGUGGAAGAUGAUAUCCUGCCUAUAUUUCGGAAGGGAGAGGAGUUCAACUAUGGCGUGGAGUCUGUGCUUCUGAUUUCAGUGAUCGGAAGUGCCAUUGGUGGACCUGUAGAAGAUGCACUGGCUACUUUUGCUAAACUGACUGAGGACUUUGGCUCCUUGAUUGUGCAGGCUACUCAAGGUUCAAAUUUCAACCUCAGUGAUAGGGAUUACACGCAUGCUGUGGUGAUACGCUUCUCAUCAUUGUUUGCUUGAACUUUUCAAGUUCCUCAGUUAGCCUCUUGGGUCCCAUGUGAAUUUCUUUUGGUUCUAAGAAGAUUGAGGCCUUGGAGAUAUUCAGAAAUAGCUCGGAGUACAAGGAUGUAUGCAAGCUAAUCCCUUGAAUAUGCAUAUUUUCUUGAAUUCAAGACGUGGAGGUUAAAAUUCCAGCCGAUCACAGAAAAAGCCCUUGAGGUUCAUUUUGCCGUAGAUCCUGUGGGCACUGAGAUUAUGUAGUAUUGCCCAGCUGGCUUGGUGGAAAAGUCGUCAUCUUAUCUUACAAGUUCUGACUUCUGCUCUUGAAUUUUCUAUACGUUUCUGGAUCAACACCGUACAAUUCUGAAAUAUAAUUAAUCUGAUCAAGCACUGGAUGGCUCGAUCUCCAUGGAAAUUCGGUAAAAUUUCAUAGCUGAAUUUCUUGAAUUCAAUAAUAAUUCAGUGCUUACAAUGCAAUCUAUAGAGCUACAAUUCUUAUAAAAUUCACUACAAUUCUUGUAACUUCUUCAAAGGAAAUACACAUAAAUCACAUUCCUGUAGCUGCAGUAUACAUCUACCAAAUUGAAAAUAUCAUUUUCUGGGAAAAGAUUGUGUGCAUACGGUGUGCACGUAGAGUCGGUGCGCACUUCCCAUAUCUCCCACCAAGGACAGUGCCUGGGAAUCCCAACAUGCAUUUCGAAACUGAUUGUUAAAACUCCAUUUCGAAAUGCAUGUUGGGAUCCUGCCCGCUAUAGUUGGGCAGUGGAAGAUUGGUGUGCACCGAAUUCUCAGUGUACACUGUGUGCACCCAAGUCGGUCCCUUAUUUUGAAACUCC